UUCUACUCCACUGGACAGGGCACAUAGUCGAUCACAGCUCGUCAGGAACCGAUUUCGGAUGAGGGAACAAAUCCUUUGGCUAAAAUGACACUAAAUCGUUUAUUACUACGGGCAGCAAGCGUCAGCAAGAUUGGGAGUCGGUCUGCGUUCACCGCAGCAAAGCCAGAUCACACCAACCCCAACUGGCUGCGUGUGGGCCUAGCUUUCGGGACGUCCGCUUUCCUCUGGGGCCUGCUCUUCAAACAGCACAGCACUGAUGUGCAUGAGUACAAAGUGAGGAAUGGCCUGGAAUGAAUCGCUAUGACAACAUGACUAUUUCGUGGAUCCAUCUGGGUGAUCUGAAGAUGUCUUCACACUUUUUUUUUUCCUUCUGUAUUUUUAUUUUGUUUUAAUGAUCCCAUGUCCUGGGCAUAAUAUCUAGUUCUAUGUGUAAUAAAGAGAUGACUGUAUUUA